AUGAGAUACAAACAUACAGUAUCUUAUGACGGCUACGUAGAGACCGAUACGUUUGAAUUCGGCCUAGGUUUUACCCUCACUGGCAUGGGCCUCGGCUACAUCUUUGGCAAUCUCAAGAAUGGCAUCGCCAUCAAGAUCAAUCUCCUUACUACCAAGGGCCAGAGUUGA